GUCAUUCUUAGCAAGUUGCAGUGUCUGUUUACAUUUUGCAGCACUUUUUUCAAAUGCAACUGCUAGUGGCCGUGCUGUUUGCAUGUUUACCUGCUGUGCACUGCUGGUUCUGGCUCCAGCAACAAUGUAGCAGCAUAAGCCAUCAGGUUAACAGACUUCUGAAACAUUGUUUUAAGAGUUAGAGAACGGGGGAAAAAUGCAGUCUAGUCUCUUGCUCCCUAUUUUCUGCCCUGAAUUUGUUUUGUAUUUUACAAAUACUACUGGUUUGAAUUGCUGUAGUUUGUCACACCGCUAAAGCCAGAUCACUGCAUAUUUUAACUGUGAGGGAAAGCUGGACUAGAGAUUUAACAUCUGAAUCUGCAGGCUGAUCAGUGUUCCAGGGCAGUUAGACGUAUUUACAUAAUUCUAGAUACUGUAUUUCACUUAUUGCCAGUUGUUGCACCAUCUAGUGUCUUUCAGGAAGUACAGCUUAAUGUUCUAAGUGAUCUGCCCCUUGGGACAAGAAUUUAAAAGUGUUUGCCCUUUGCUAAAUUAUGUUAUUGCCAUGGGAUAUAAUGUGUCCUUCAUGAUAUGUUGCUUUCUAUUUUAUGAAAGCUUAUUGUUUCAAGCCUUUUAAUAUCAUGGAAAACUUUACAAUGUCAAGUGUCCUCUCACGUAAUUUAAUUAUUUUGCUGCCUUUUUUCUUAUCUUGUCAAUUUAUUGCUCUUUCUCAUGGUGAUGCCCAAAUGUAGUAGUAAUGUUAAAUUAACAUUCAAAAGGCUUUAAAUGAAGGCUUGUAGCAGAGGGGAUUGUCCAUGACAGGAUUCCAUGAAAUUCACAGGCUUGAUUAGUGGAGUUAGACUGAUUUAGACUUACUGCCUGACCAUCUGGGCAAGUUUGUCUGGUCAGGAUUGAGUUUCAACAGGUCAUUGUGUGAUUCUUAUGGAUUGCAGAUGAUCCGUCUUGACUGAAGAUAUCUGCUGAUGUGUCAUGUUGGUGCAAUAGCAGAUGAGGAAUUUAAGAGACUGCAACUCCUGUUGUCACCCCAAACAAGUGGUGACUAUGUACAUACAGGGCCACUCAUAUGUUCGUUGUUUACUUGGCUCUCAGCCCAAGUGAACUGUAACACUGAGGAGUUCCAUGACCAUAACUGCCAGUUCCAUGACCUAUAGAUGCCAGUAAGUCUGCCCUGUGGAAAUAUUCACCAUGGCAUCAGCACAGUCAGUCCUCACAUUUGCCGUUUGUAUUUUGCUGAUAUCAGAAAUAAUACUGGCAAAAAAGACUUAUUAUGACAUUUUGGGAGUUCCAAAAAAUGCCUCUGAGCGACAGAUCAAAAAAGCUUUUCACAAACUUGCAAUGAAAUAUCAUCCUGACAAGAAUAAAAGCCCUGAUGCUGAGACAAAAUUUCGAGAAAUCGCUGAAGCUUAUGAGACUCUAUCAGAUGAAAGUAAACGGAAGGAGUAUGAUCAGUUUGGUCAUGAUGCCUUUGCGAAUGGUGGAGGAGGUGGCAGUGACCAACAUUUCCACAAACAUUUUAACUUCAACUUUGAUGAUUUAUUUAAAGACUUCGACAUUUUUGGUGAAAGCCAAAAUAGUAGAUCUAAAAGGCACUUUCAAAACCAUUUCAGAAGCCAUCAAGAGGCUCAUAACAGACAUAGACAACACUUUGAGGACUUUUCUUUUGGAGGAGGACUGUUCAAUGACAUGUUUGAGGAUAUGGAAAAAAUGUUUACAUUUGGUGGUUUUGAUGGCACUCGUAGAAAUCCUAUGAGGGCAGAAAGCGGAUUUCAAGGAUCUAGCAAGCACUGUAGAACUGUCACUCAAAGGAGAGGAAACAUGGUUACAACAUAUACAGAUUGUUCAGGGCAGUAAAUGCAUCUAAUAUUGAGCACAGAUUGUAUACAAUGAUCAUAUGAACUUUUCAAGUCCCCCCCCCCCAUAUACUAUUAAAUUACCUACAUGUAAUACUAAAGCAUGAAGUAAUUUGCAUAUUGGGGAAUUAUUGGCGUACUUUUCACAGUGAAAUCUAGAAAGCUAAUGAAACAAGUCUGAAUUGGGUGCUAUGAAUUUUAAGUUGAAUUAAUUAUAUUUUCAUAUCCCCUUAAAGGAGAACUAAACCCUAGCACAUCCUCUGCUCCCUGACCCGCCACUACCUCCUCUCCACGCUCCCUCUUAACAACAGCUAUUCUGUUUGUGUCCCUGUGUGUCGACAUGAAAGUUGCGCAGCAGCAGUCAAAAGGUGCUGUCUUCUGAUCCCUUUCUGUCCAUUCUCUCAUGCAGACCUUUUUGGAGCUUGUACAAUCUAAGCUAAUUCAGGACAUAAAUUCAACUGUGCAUGCUCCCUUUAAGAUCAGUGUCAGGGAACUAACCUAUCAGGGAAAGAUGGUGCCUUUGAACUCCGCUGUGCAACUCUACAGAUUUGUGGCAGGUCAGCACACGGGUCAGCAAGUCUCUCAAUUAACUGCAGAAAACAUUUUUACUUCAAGCCCUUUAAUUGUAUCCGAUAUGUUUUGCCAAAACUUUAGGUAAUAUAGUUCUGUCAUCUCCAAGACUCUCCGGUCAGCUGAUAAAGCACAAAGUUCAAUAGUUUAGACUUAUUAUUGUACAUGUGCUUCUAAUGUCUUGAAUUAAACAUUCAAGCUGUCCUUUGUGCUUUACCAAACCUGCUGCCUGGCAACCUACAGCUGUGUACAAGAAUGACCAUUCCCUAAAGAACUCCCUUCUUUUUACUUAUUUACUCGGCAAUGAGAGCUGUGUUUAUCUUGCAAUUUGGUUUUGUUUUAGUCUGUGUAAAACAGUGGAGUCAGGUGGGAGCUGUGCUUAGAAAGACAUUGAUCAAAGACACUGUACAGCACCUCCUUAUUUUCUUCUAAAGGCCAGUUUAAAUUUAAGGCAUAGCUAAUACUAAUCUGUUUUUGCCUCACAUGCAACCUGCUUCUUCUGUCUUUGGAAUGACUAUAUACCUUUAAAAACAAAGGAAGAUUAAAUUGGUGGGUGUACCAAGUUGUUAGGCACCCCACAGUGAUGCUCGUUUAUCCAUUAAGCCCUGGGUACUUCUUGCAGAGCACCACACAGCAAUCUUCUUCCUCCACACCAGGCAUGUUGUUUGGAACCCUCAUAGGGAAAAAGAAAUGCUGGUGCUUGAUCUAGCAAGUAGUAUGCUGUGUUUGUGUUUUUUGCAGAAGAGGAGGAGCACCACCCUGAGACUAAUUACUGGGUGGGUGUCUCACAACUUGGUAGCCCCCCAAAAUGAUUUUACCUUUCCUUAUCCCUAAAAAAAAUUGCAACUUACUGAGUGGCUGAAACUGUUCAGUCUGAUGGCUUAUGCACUUUUAUUGACUGGAGCUUCUUGUCAGAUGUGCUCAUGGGCGAUAUUGGUCAAUAGCAUUUUAGUUCUGAGCAAUCGACGCGACCCCUGACUCGUUGCACACAAAUCAUUUAGAAUUGUUGGCCAGUACUGUCAAGAUUAUAUAACUCCAUGCUUUUUAUGUGCUCAACUUCUGUGUCAUGGAGUUUAUUUCAAAGUACAUCCUUGUUUCAAUUAUACUGCAUGUCUUCCUUUCAGAUAAGAUGAAUAUCCUGAGGUCUGCUUGCCAUUUUGCUAAAACUAUCUCCAGUGUUUUAUUCUUUUGCUUCCACUUUUUCAAUGGCAUUGAUGUCAUUUUUUGAAUUGUUUGUUUUAUAUCCUGAGUGUAAUUGCUGUGUAUCUUAUAACCUAAAACAAUUUUUGUUGGACAUCAGAUUUCAGGAUCUUCUGCUGCAGGAAUAGUCUACACUUAACACAUUUGUAAUAAGUUUCAAGCAAUAUAGGUUUUUCAGAAUUGAGUUAUCUUAAAAGACUGUUGUUUGCUACCCAGCAUAAAACAACGCCCUUGGCUGUUACUGUUUGUAAUGUUCUAUAGUAGAAAAACAUCUUGGCUUAAGCACACAAACCUCUUCUCAGGAGGUCCAUCUGUCGCCCUUCUGUGUGUAGCAGCCCUGAUACUUUCAUUUCAUAACAUUAGUGGAGAGCAGGACUGGUUCUGACUGCAGCAGUCCACAUGUCCCAUGUGCUAUCAACCAUCAUUCAGCCAUCAUUGCCAAGAAUCAAGGUAACUGCAGCAUAAACGAUACUUGCUGAAAACAAGCUUUACACACCCUCGAGUACUUAAACCAUAUUAUGUGUAAUGGGAUUGUGUCCGCUUCCAUGGUAAUGAAAGCAAUAUUUUUAUUAGCCAGUAAUUGCUAUGGGAAUUCAUACAAAAUGUGCAAUAUUUGAGUUUUUGUUUGUUUUGUGAAAGUUGAUCAAAUGUCUUUUUGUGCUCUUUUUGUUCAGCCUUUUAAUAUUCUGCACUUUUUUGGCAUACUCCAUAUGAGUAUUAAUCCUAUGGAUAUUGAUGAAAAUGCCAUUUAGCCAGAACUCAAGUUUGAGUUAAAUAAACAAUUUCAAAACGUA